UUCCCCGCAACCAGUGGUGCAAUUGCUUAAAUACUGUAGAUAAGGGGCCUAAUUCACUCUUUCCAUCUUUUGGUGAUCUUCAGCACCAAUUUUGAGCCACCUGCAUUUUUGGAUUGUAAUCAUAAUUGACCUUUACAGGCCUUCAAACCCUCAAACACUGGACCAUGUCUUUCAUAAUGCAGCAGAUGCUGGGGAGUAAAUUAAAGAACAUGAUGGGAAGAGAAGGAGAUGGAGAGUCGAAGACCGCAACAGAAGAUGGGAAAGAGACCGCUGCGUCCAAGGGGAUGACCCGAGAGGAGUUCGAGGAAUACCAAAAACAACUGGUGGAGGAGAAGAUGGAGCGGGAUAAGGAGUUUGCUACAAGGAAAGCAGAAAGAGCCAACCUGAGAGUCCUGUUAAGAGACAAGUACAGGCUUCCACAGAGUGCGCAAGACGAUGCCACGGUCCAGAUAGCGGGCGAAGAUCUGGACGUGCCUGAAGAAUUGGCCAAGAUGGUGGAGGAGGAUGAAGAGCAAGAAGAAAGCAAUGAUUCCUUCAUGGGCAGUCUGCGAAAUAUGGAUAUGGACUUUGAUACGAUCAAAACCAAAGCUCAGAGCACUAUAACAGAAGUCAAGCAAGCCGCAGAAGAAAAGUGCGUCCUGAUGUGAAAUCACACUCAGUGUGAGCUUUGUUAACUGUUACUUCAUGAAAACCGUAUGGCAAUUCACUAUAAAUGCAUUUUAAAAAAAUCUUUUUAUCUUUUUAAUUAAUGUGUUUUGUUCGAAUGAAGCCAUGUGGGGGAAAAAGUCUUUCUAUAAUAUACUUUAUGAUAACUUAUUGCCAUAAAUGGCAUUGUUUGGUGUUCCAUGAAAUAUGAGGGUUGUUCAAGUCAAAUGGGGGACUUGUGAUGAAAUUCACAGAAGACGUCAAGCACAGUACGGUGAAGAGACUCUUACCUGCAGGAAUGCAUUUGAAUGGUGCAAAACUUUUAAAGAAGGCCGUACGUCCAUGGACAGCCAGUGUCCUGCCCAGGGUGGCGCGGAGCCCAACAUAGUUCUUGUGAACACCUGCCAAUAAUCAUUCACUAUCAAACACUAUUUAAUUUCAGGAACUCAGCUGGGAGUUACAGUAUCGCCACAUCUCCUGUAAGAUCAUGACGUCGCUCCACAUGAUUGGGCCAUUAGAGGAGUUCCUGGGAGUCCAGCGUUUCAGACACGAAUCAGGCAGGCUGAUCAUGGCUCUGGCGUACUGAUACCUUUAUGGUGUCUAAGCACUAAUGAAAUGUGAGGAUAAGUGAAGCAGGGGAUUAUA